CCGCGCCUGCGCAGCGCGGCCCGCACCGUGACUAAGAUGGAGGUCGGGGGAGCGCGGGCGCCGCCGCCGUUCUGGGCCGGGGGCCCGGCCCCGGGGCAGACCUACAUCCCCGGCGGGCCCAGCCCCGCCGCCCGCGUCCUGCCCUUCACCCGGACGCUGAGCCCGAUGGUGACGGGCACCUCGGUCCUGGGGGUGAAGUUCGACGGGGGGGUGAUCAUCGCUGCGGACAUGAUGGGCUCCUACGGGUCCCUGGCGCGGUUCCGCGGCAUCUCCCGGCUCCUGAAGGUGAACGACACCACCAUGCUGGGGGCGUCCGGCGACUACGCCGAUUUCCAGUACCUCAAGCAGAUCAUCGACCAGAUGGUGAUCGACGAGGAGCUGUUGGGGGAUGGUCACAGCUACAGCCCCAAGGCCAUCCACUCCUGGCUGACGAGAGUCAUGUACAACCGGAGGUCCAAGAUAAACCCCCUCUGGAAUACCGUGGUCAUCGGAGGCUUCUACAAUGGCGAGAGCUUCCUGGGGUACGUGGACAUGCUCGGCGUGGCCUUUGAGUCCUCGACGCUUGCGACGGGUUACGGAGCCUACCUGGCCCAGCCGUUGAUGAGGGAAGUCUUGGAGAAGAAGCCCAGCCUGACGAGGGAGGAGGCGCGGGAGCUGAUCGAUCGCUGCAUGAGGAUUUUGUACUACAGGGACGCGCGGUCGUUCAACAGGUAUGAAGUCGCUAUCGCGACAGAGAAGGGUGUGGAGGUGGAGGGACCCCUGACGCUGGAGGCCAACUGGGACAUCGCGCACCUGAUCAGUGGCUUCGAGUGAUCCCCGAGGAGCUGCUCCCGGCUCGUGCCCCCGUCCUCCCCCUUCGUGUCCAUCCCCUUCUCCUUUUGAAGCUCUGAUCUGACUUGUUUUGGAGAUGAAAUAAACCUGUUGAGACAA